AAAGGAUUUUAGCCAUUCAGAAAUGAUUCCUCAUGGCGGGGAGCAAGUUCAAAGUGUAACAACGAAGUGUACUGCAGUAUGUGGACAAGGAAUCGGUGGCAGAUCCUGUGCUAAAACUUUACUGGUAAAUGUGUUUCCGGCUGAGCAACCAGAAAAGGCCAUUACAGUUUACGCAGUGAUAGACGACCAAAGUAAUAGGACACUGAUUAGUCCAGAGCUUCUUGACCAACUAGGAGUGCAGGGCGAGGAUUACUGCUACACUAUUUCUUCAUGUACCGGAACUGCUCAAGCUUCUGGACGCAAGGCUGACGGAUUAGUCGUUAGUUCGAUUGAUGGAUUUUCGAGUCACUUACUACCGAGUACUAUAGAAUGUGAUGAUAUACCACAAGACAGAUCUGAGGCAGCUACUCCAGAGGUUGUUCUACAUCAUAGCCACUUAAAGGAACUGAAAGACCAUAUUCCUAAGUUCCGAUCGGAUUGUCACAUAGGGCUUCUGAUUGGAAGAGAUUUACCCGAGGCACAUCAAGUUCAAAGGCAGAUAGUAGGACCUAGACGAGCGCCAUUUGCACAGAAGUUGAGCUUAGGAUGGGUAGUUAUAGGGGAAGUUUGCUUAGGCAAAGUGCACCCUCCUAGUACUGUCAAGGUAAUGAAAACUGCUAUAAUCAACAGUAGGGGUUCUAUAUUCCAACCGUGUGACUUCAACCUGUAUACUAAAGAGAGUUCGGAGAACGACCACAUCUUUGUUAAAACGAAGGAUGAUGAGAAGGUCAGUCUGUCUGUUGAAGAUCGUCAGUUCCUUGAUGUAAUGAAUGAAGAGUGCCAUAAAGAUACAGAAGGAUUUUGGACAGCACCUUUACCUUUUCGAUACCCAAAGUCUAGAAUGCCCAACAACAGACCUGUUGCAUGGAAGAGAGCUAUGAUCCUGGAUGCGUCUCUUAAGAAGAACCCUACAAAGCGAGAGCAUUUUGUAUCCUUCAUGCAAAAGGUCCUUGACUCUAAAGCAGCAGAGGUAGCCCCACCUACAACUGACGAGGUAUGGUACUUGCCCAUAUUCGGGGUGUAUCAUCCGAAGAAGCCCGAUAAGAUCAGGGGAGUAUUCGAUUCGUCUGCGACUUACGAAGGCAUUUCUCUUAAUGGAACUCUCCUGUCUGGACCUAACCUUACCAAUAGUUUACUGUCAAUUCUCCUUCGCUUUAGAAACGAUUUGUAUGCAGUGACUGCCGAUGUGGAACAAAUGUUUUACAGGUUUCUCGUGAAGAAAGAACACAGAGAUUUCCUGCGUUUCCUAUGGUACAGGAACAAUGAUCCUACUGAGGAACUAAUAGAAUAUCGAAUGCGAGCGCAUGUAUUCGGUAAUAGCCCGUCACCAGCUGUUGCCACCUACGCCCUACGUAAAGCGGUUGAGGAUGCCGAGAAAGAUGUCAAGGAUCUAGUUAACCAGGAUUUUUAUGUCGACGACUGUCUGCUAUCUCGUCCUACCGCACAACUAGCAGCUGAUGUCGUGAAACGUACCCAGUUGGUGUUGAAGACUAACGGAAACAUUCGUUUGCAUAAAAUAACCUCAAACAACCCUGAGGUGAUGAACGCCUUUCAUGAAGAAGAUCAGUGUCAAACAUUGAAAUCUUUGAACUUUGACAAGGAUGCACUGCCGGUACAGCACAGUUUGGGCAUGUCCUGGGACCUAAACACAGACUCUUUCAAGUUCGAUAUCCAGGUCAAUACUAAACCGGAAACCCGUCGGGGCAUGCUCUCCACUUUAAACAGCAUAUUUGACCCGAUCGGUUUCCUAUCACCAAUCACAAUCCAUGGUCGUAUUCUCUUCAGGGAGAUUGCUACUGGUACCGGAUGGGAUGAACCUAUACCUACAGAGCAACUGGAAAAGUGGAAUGUUUGGACAAGGUCUCUGGAACAACUGAAGGACAUCUCCAUUCAACGAAUGUUCGUUCCUUUUUCCCUCAGCACAUCGGACGGGGUAGAACUACAUAUCUACUCCGACGCCUCGGAGAAGGCGAUUGCGACGGUGGCAUAUGUGGUUACUUUACACGAUGGAAUAUACCAUACUGGUUUUGCGGCAGGAAAGUCAAAGAUAGCCCCAGUUAGAGGACACACUAUACCUAGACUUGAGCUGUGCGCAGCCGUCAUGGCAGUUGAACUUGCUGAAUUUCUUUGCGAAUCUCUCCAUAUAUCUCUACAAUCCGUGAGGUACUACAGUGACAGUAAGGUCGUUUUAGGGUAUGUUAAUAACAAGACACGCAGGUUCUACACAUAUGUUGCUAAUCGCGUGGAAAGGAUUUUGCGCAGCUGUCGAGCAGAUCAGUGGUCAUACGUCAAUACUAGAGAAAAUCCAGCUGAUCUUGCUACUCGUUCUUCCACCAAGCCAGAGGAUUUUGCAAACAGCAACUGGCUGCGAGGUCCUGAACAACUCUAUAAAAACUUUGCUAUAACACCAAGGGAGUUUCCAUUAGUAGAGCCAGAUGAUGACAAGGAGCUGCGACCGGAAGUCACAGUAGCUUCCUGUAAAACUGUUUUAGAAGAAAGCUUCAUUGACCGCUUACAAGAUUUGUCUAACUGGCGCAAACUAGUGAAUGUCAUAGUCCUGAUUAAGAGAGCUGCUCGUCGCUUCAAGGGAAAACUUACCCCGGACUCUCCGACUGAGAGCACAACACAUCUAAUCAAGGAAUCUACUGCUGUUAUCAUUAGACUUAUUCAAGAGCAUGCUUACCAUGAAGAAGUUUUGUGUCUAAGGGAAGGAAAACAUGUGCCCAUGUCAAGUCACAUCAGGAAUUUGGACCCUUAUCUGGAUGGUUCUGGUGUCUUGCGUGUAGGGGGACGUCUAGGAAAGAGCGAUCUUCCUAUCGAGGAAACUAAUCCCAUAGUUUUACCUAGUAAACAUUGUCUGACAAAGCUUUUAGUCCAGCAUCAUCAUAAAGCAGUAUAUCAUCAAGGACGGCUUAUCACGGAAGGUUCAUUAAGAAACAAUGGUUACUGGAUAGUAGGUGCUAAAAGGUUGAUCACCAGUAUCAUUAGUAGCUGUGUUACGUGCCGGAAACUUCGAAGGCCCCUGGAACAUCAAAAGAUGUCUGAUCUCCCUAAGGAUCGACUUGUUCCAGGGCCUCCGUUCACCUCCGUAGGUGUUGAUGCCUUCGGACCUUGGUCCGUAGUGACUAGGAAGACGCGAGGUGGAUCAGCAAACUCGAAGCGGUGGGGAAUGCUGUUCACGUGUCUGACGACACGUGCCAUACACGUGGAGGUAACAGAAGAAAUGUCUAGCUCAUCAUUCAUCAACGCUCUGCGACGGUUUGUUGCUAUCAGAGGCAACGUGAAAGAAAUACGUUCAGACUGUGGGACAAACUUUGUUGGAGCUGUGAACGAGUUACACAUUGACAGCGUUAAUGUUGGAGAUGGACCUACUGCCUCUUAUCUCAAUGAUUCUGGCAUCGUGUGGAAAUUCAACGCUCCACAUUCCUCCCACAUGGGUGGAGUGUGGGAGCGAAUGAUUGGGGUAGUUAGGAGAAUACUUGAUUCUAUGUUAAUGGGUGCUGCAGGCAAAAGUCUAACGCAUGAGAUUUUGGUGACAUUCAUGGCUGAGGUGUGCGCCAUUGUCAACUCUCGACCAGUUGCCUCCAUUUCGCAUGAUCCAAAAUCCCCGGAAAUCUUAAGCCCAGCUGUUCUUCUGAAUCAGAAAGUGAAUUACUAUGACCCAGUUACAGCAUUGAAUUUCUCCGAAAGAGACAUCUAUAAGGGUCAUUGGCGCAGAGUCCAGGCCCUCUCUGAAAUGUUCUGGAAGAAAUGGCGCGAAGGUUACCUUCAAACCCUACAGCCACGUAGGAAGUGGCAGGAUGAUCAACGAGACCUCAAGGAAGGAGAUAUUGUGCUUCUCAGAGAUAAAUCACUACCGCGCAACGAUUGGGCGUUAGGAAUCAUUCAAACUGUGUUUAAAAGUGAAUGUGAUAAUAGGGUUCGCAAAGCUGAAGUUCGCGUCGCAAAGGACAACAGAGUGACUGUGUUAACGCGUCCGAUAACAGAAAUGGUUCUUCUUCUUGAAAAGUAGACUAUGGACUCUGUAAAUGAAGAACUGUGUAUUCUGGUUGUUUAACAUUUAUAAUUUGUAGUAGAAAAUAGUGAUAUUACUAAUAUCAGACGGGGAGUGUGCUGGACCAGCAGUAGGAAUUACCUCCCUUGGUAUAGCCUACGUCAGUACGUGAUAUUUAGUAGUUGUUUGUCAUGAGUUAUCCCCCGUAGUGUCGCUCUUCUUAUUGCAGAAGAACGCCAGAAAUUAUAAACACGUUUUACAGCGUUACAAGACCGCAGUGCAUUUGUAAGUUUUUUGGUAUAUUUUGCAAUGUCAAUACGGUAUAUAUUGUUUGACAAAUAUCACAUAAGUAAUGUGGAUCGACGUUCGAUUGUCAAAUUUAGACAUUAAUUCAGUAUUGUUCGGUUAAGCGAUAUGUUAGUAUUUUUCGAAACAGUGCAAGUCAUUUCGUCCCAUUUUAUAUGUAUGGCAAAACAGUGCCUCGCUGAUUACAUGGAGCCUUUUACUUGUGUAACUAAAAUGUAAAAUUAAUGUGUAGCAUUACCUCCCAUUGUUUGAUUUACCAUUAAUUGUCAUUUUAUCGAUAAAUGCGUAUUUUAAGUCUGUUAAGGAAAGUUACAGUCUCCUAGUCAUAUGAUUACAGAUGUCAGUAUUUAGUGCUGCUGUGAUUUAUUUGUAUACACUGUGUAGUUGUAGUUAUAUAAUAAUAUAGUAUGCCAGUUUGAGUUUAUUACAAUCUCCACAUACAUAUAUCUUCAUAUAUAUCCAAGGGUAAUAAGUACUUCCCUAUGUUUGUAGAUUACUAUUGAUAUUAGUGUUGUAACUGCUCACAAUGUAUUUUACUUAAUUGUAGAGCACAUGUGCAAGCCUAUUUUUUGAAAUGCCUUAAAUCAGAAGUCAGGCUAGGUGUCACCACAGCUUCUUACGGUGUUAACUAUGGUUUUAACUAUAGUGUUAUGUUGAAUAAACAAGUUUGACGUCCGUUAUCUGUCUGUCAUC